CUCGGCACAAAGACACCUAUAAAUUAGACGAAAGAGACUUGUAUCGCAGUACUGCAACUCUUACUUGGGGGAGAGUCGUCGGACGUGCUUCACCGGAGAAAUUUUCCGACCAGCCGGAACGUCAAAUCUCUUCUUCUCCUCAUGGCUAUGUACAUCCGCAUCAAGCGUAGCAAGACAACCUAUUUUAUGCAGUGUGAUCCAAGCGAGACUAUCAUGGACAUCAAGCAAAAGGUGUCUGCUCUUAUUGAUCAACCAGUCAAUGAUCAGCGUUUGACUCUUAUGUCAACUGGAGAGGUGCUAGAUGAUUCGAAGACCUUGGCUGAUCAGAAGGUUGAGAAUGAUGCUGUUGUGGCACUGACGUUGAGAAAAGAUGACAAUGAAUUCGAGGAGGUAAACAUUGUGAGGCCAGUUGAUUUUUUUAAAUCCGGCGAUGCAGAAGGUGCUGGAAAUUGGUAGCUGCAGAAACAGACAAUGUCUGAUAAUAUUGGCUACACAUAUUAGUUGUUUGGACGGCCUUUAUGAUAUUAGACUUUUUGUGCUACAGAUCAGGGAUUUAUAAUUAAGUUUCAAUAAUGUUUGUACCAUACUUGUUUUCUAUAUAUGUUAUAUCAUGCUGGAAGAGGUUUUAGACUGUCAGAUAAA